AUGCCUCACCGCGCAGCCUCCCCCACCAUGUCAGAGAAUGAGUUUGAUAUCACAGGCACGCUCUUCCAAAACGACAACGACAGCGACUCAGAUGCGGGUGUGCCCAAGCCUAAAAAGCAGCAGCAGCAGAAGAAACCCGAUGCCGCACAAGACCUCGACUUCCUUGGCGCCGAAGAUGACGGCGAUGCGGCAUUCAUUGCUUCGCAACAAGCCUCAGCGAACAGGAAAGGAUCCGCUUUAAAAGGCCGUACGGUCAAGAAGGGUGGUGGCUUCCAGGCUAUGGGUCUCAAUUCUCAUCUUCUGAAGGCCAUUGCUCGUAAAGGAUUCUCUGUACCGACCCCCAUUCAGCGCAAGACUAUUCCCGUGAUUAUGGAAGACCAGGAUGUGGUUGGAAUGGCUCGAACCGGUUCCGGAAAAACAGCUGCUUUCGUGAUUCCCAUGAUUGAGAAAUUGAGGAGCCACAGUACCAAGUUUGGAGCCCGCGGCCUGAUUCUUUCUCCUUCUCGUGAACUUGCUUUGCAGACUUUGAAGGUUGUUAAGGAGAUGGGACGUGGAACAGAUUUGAAAUCAGUUCUUCUGGUUGGUGGUGAUAGCCUUGAAGAUCAAUUCGGACUGGUGGCUGGUAACCCUGAUAUUGUGAUCGCAACGCCAGGUCGAUUCUUGCAUUUGAAGGUGGAGAUGGAUCUAGACUUGUCUAGUAUCCGCUAUGUUGUCUUCGAUGAGGCUGAUCGCUUAUUCGAGAUGGGAUUUGCUGCGCAGUUGACUGAAAUUUUGCAUGGCUUGCCUACAACUCGACAGACCCUUCUAUUCUCUGCUACUCUGCCUAAGUCUCUUGUGGAGUUUGCGCGAGCAGGUCUAGAGGAACCAACCCUCAUUCGUUUGGACGUUGAAGGAAAGAUCUCACCUGAUUUACAGAAUGCAUUUUUCUCAGUUAAAUCAUCUGAUAAAGAAGGUGCUUUGCUGCAUAUUCUCCACAACGUCAUUAAAAUGCCCACUGGCGACACUGAAGUUACAAAAAGAUUCAAAGAGCAAGGACCCCCUUCGAAAUUCUCCAAAAAGCGAAAGCGACCCGAUGAGAAUGCAGGACCUCACAAAGAAUCACCCACUGAGCAUUCGACCAUUGUCUUCGCUGCCACGAAGCAUCACGUUGACUAUCUAUACUCGAUCUUAAUUGAAGCAGGGUUCGCCACUUCGUACGCCUAUGGUUCACUCGAUCAGACAGCACGAAAGAUCCAGGUAUCCAACUUCCGACGAGGUAUCUCCAACAUACUGGUUGUCACAGAUGUGGCUGCCAGAGGUAUUGAUAUCCCGGUUCUCGCCAAUGUCAUCAACUACGAUUUCCCCUCGCAACCCAAGAUCUUCGUCCAUCGUGUUGGUCGUACUGCCCGUGCAGGGCAGAAAGGUUGGAGUUUCAGUCUUGUUCGAGACGCCGAUGCCCCAUACUUGCUUGACCUUCAGCUUUUCCUUGGACGUCGUCUGGUGCUUGGUCAAGAGUUCGGUGAAAACGUCAACUACGCAGACGACGUCGUUGUAGGAUCCAUCCCCAGGGAUCCCCUUUCCCGCAGCUGUGAAUGGAUCAACAAAAUCCUGUCCGAGAUUUCAGAUAUCGCUUCUCAGCGCCAGGUCGCUACCAGGGGUGAGAAGCUAUACAUGCGUACCCGAAAUGCCGCAUCUCUGGAGAGUGCCAAGCGAACAAAGAAGGUCACUGCUUCUGUGAAUUGGUCUGAGGUUCAUGUUCUUUUCAACAACGAGACGAGUCAGUUGGAAGCGGAACGCGAUAAGUUACUGGCCAAAAUUGGAGGUUUCCGUCCCAACGAGACCAUUUUCGAAGUCCACAAUCGCCGUGGCGCUAAAGCAGAGGAGAACCCUGCCAUGGACACGAUCAAGCGACUACGUUCCACAGUGGACAAGAAGAAGCAACGAGCGCAGGCCAAGGAGCAAGCCGAGAAAAACGAGCUCGGUAUUGGUGCCGAUGACGAAGUGGACGAGGCCGAAGAAGAUAUCCCCGAAGAAGCUGGCGACAACAUGUCAGAGGCAGACGAGUCUGAUUUGGAGGUCACUUUCUCAGCAUACUCUCAAACAAAGAACAAGCAAGGAGACAAGUCCAAUGAACGUUUCUCUGCAUCCUUCCAAAACCCAGACUACUUUAUGGGUUACACACCCAACAACAACGACCUUCACGAGGAUCGGGCGUACGGUGUUCACUCUGGCACGAACCAGAACUUUACUCAGGCCUCACGCAGUGCUACCAUGGACAUCAAUGCGGAUGAGGGACACCGAGGCUUCGGCGAAAACCGCUCAACCAUGCGUUGGGACAAGCGACACAAGAAGUAUGUUGCGCGCCAGAACGACGAGGAUGGUUCCAAGGGUACCAAGCUAGUCCGCGGUGAGAGUGGUGCCAAGAUUGCAGCCAGUUUCAAAAGCGGUCGCUUCCAGAGCUGGAAGAAGGGCAAGCGCAUGGGUGCUAUGCCUCGUGUCGGCGAGACCGAGACCCCUGGACUUGGGGCUGGUGUCAAUGGAUACUCUGGUGGUAAUGGUGGUGUUCGUGGUGGUGGCGGUCGCUUCAGACAUAAUAAGACGCAGGCUCCUAAGCGAGCUGAUCCGCUACGUGGUGAUUACGACAAGAUGAAGAAGAAGAAUGAAGCUGCUCGGGAACGUCUAGGCCCAGGCGCUGGCGGGAAGAGCGAAAUCCGCUCCACUGAUGAUAUUCGCAAGGCUCGCAACCAGAAGCAACAGCGUCGUGACAAGAAUGCCCGACCCUCGAAGAAGAAGCGUUACUAA